AUGAUGGACAAUGGCAUUGGGGAAAAGCGCCUUCCAAGUCAUGUUGGCCAGGGCUCAGUCCAGCCUGAUAUGAAUACGACCUUCAGCAGGGUGGUUUUGGGAUCAUGUGAAUGGAGAGCCAACAUAUCCAAGGUCAAGGAAACUAUAAUGGUGAAUGGCAGUGUGAAAACGAUCCAUUUGGCGAAUGUGGUUUCAUUUAGUGAUGAACUACCUCACAAAGGUAGUGGCAUCCCGUAUUUCUACUUGACAACUUUUGAUCCAUCUGCCAAAGAUGCAAUGAAAGAUGAGAGGUCUUCGUUCACUAUCAGCGAGUAUCCUCUUCAAACUUGUGGAAAGAUAGACCCUGAGAACCCUAGUUGUGUAAGAAUUACACUCACAGGAAAGUUUCCAAUUUGCUCAUAUUUCUUCCAUUCUUAUGCUUGA